CACUCCGUCACCCUCGCGCUCACCCACCUUUCCUUCGGCUUCCCACCAUUACCACCAACCCCUGAAGAGCCAGCCAGAUAACACAUCUCACUCACCAGGCGAAUACUCGGGGAAAGUCCCGUACCCAACGUGCCCAAGACAAACAGAGAGAAGAAGAAGAAGAAAAAGAAGAAAGAUAGGCUCAGCGAAACAUCACUAAGAAAGCAAUGGCCCGUGGUAACCAGCGCGACAAGGCCCGUGAGGCGAACCUGAAGAAGCAGGCUGCCAUGAAAUCCGGCAACAGCCAAAGCGGCACCGAGCUCCAGCGCUCCCGUGAGAGCGCAGCUGAGAUUAUGCGCCAGAAGCAGGCUGCCGCCGAGGCACGCAAGGCCACUGGCGAGGACAAGCCUGCCAAGGACAAGGGCAAGAAAUAAAUGGCCUGAGCAGGAUAGAGGCGCGACGAAGCGAGACAGAGAGGUAGGGCCAGGGUGGCGGGCGCGGGUUGAUGGGAUGCGGUUGCCGCAUGAGGAGGACGGAUGCAGCCCCCAGGCCAAAUAGCAGUCACACUCGUUGUGACGAAAUGAAAUGCUGACCACCAAGACUCCCUCUGCCUCCUCAAUUUCCUCCCUCGUUUGUUCGCUGACAUCGCAUUUUCCUGUUUCUUCAGAGUCGGCGUCAACGCCCAUAGACCACUCCUAAACCUCUCACAACGUCUUGCAGAUGGCUUUCGAGGUGUGCCCAGCAAGCGCCCCCAACAUCGAUCUCGCAGACACGCUCACAUGCAAUCACGUCACGCGCAAGCAGUUACAGUCAUGAUCAAAUCCUAUUAAUUUGGA